GCCUUCCUGCCUCCUAGUCGCUUCAGCACUCCCUGGUUGAAGGCACCACGUCCCGAGCAGAGCAGGCUGAGCGCACAGAGGGAGGGGGAGGAAGAGCUAACGCGCCGGGAAGGACGAGCUGGGGAGUCUUGUUGUCCACGCCCUAACGCUGGAGGAAACUGGGAGAGGUCACGCAGCUAGCGAGCUGGUUCUAGGCUCCAUUUAAUUGCCUCUCAAACUGUAUGACUUUGGCUUUCAAGAUCCUCUUCCCACCAACCUUCCGCGCACUCAGGCGAAAAGAAUUGUGCCUGUUCCGAGAGCCACAUCACUGGCCUGACGUAAGACAGUUCAGCCAUUGGUCAGAAAGAGAUCUGCUUCAUGGGUCCUGCCUCCUCCAGAGAAGAAAGCCUGUUCUGUCAUUCCAGGAAGGCAGUCUAAGACCACGUGCCACCUGCCUUGUUUUUUUGCCAGGGUCGCAUGUGGGACUCUGCAGUGGGCCCUGUGAGAUGGCUGAGCAACGGUUCUGUGUGGACUAUGCCAAGCGUGGCACGGCUGGCUGCAAAAAAUGCAAAGAAAAGAUUGUGAAAGGUGUAUGCCGGAUUGGCAAAGUGGUGCCCAAUCCCUUCUCAGAGUCCGGGGGUGAUAUGAAAGAGUGGUAUCACAUUAAAUGCAUGUUUGAGAAAUUGGAGCGGGCCCGGGCCACCACAAAAAAAAUUGAGGACCUCACAGAGCUGGAAGGCUGGGAAGAGCUGGAAGAUAAUGAGAAGGAACAGAUAAGCCAGCACAUUGCAGAUCUGUCUUCUAAGGCAACAGGAACACCAAAGAAGAAAGCUGUCGUCCAGGCUAAGCUGACAGCCACUGGCCAGGUGACCUCUCCAGUGAAAGGUGCCUCAUUUGUCACCAAUACCAAUCCCCGGAAAUUUUCUGGUUUUUCAGCCAAGCCCAACAACUCUGGGGAAGCCCGCUCAAGCCCUACCCCUAAGGCAAGUUUGUCCUCAAGCAGAUGUGAUCCCAAGCACAAGGAUUGUCUGCUACGUGAGUUUCGGAAGCUGUGUGCCAUGGUGGCUGAGAAUCCUAGCUACAACACGAAGACCCAGAUCAUCCAGGACUUUCUUCGGAAAGGUUCAGCAGGAGAUGGUUUCCACGGUGACGUGUACCUAACAGUGAAGCUGCUGCUGCCGGGUGUUAUUAAGAGUGUUUACAACUUGAAUGAUAAGCAGAUUGUGAAGCUUUUCAGCCGCAUUUUUAAUUGCAACGCAGAUGAUAUGGCACGGGACCUAGAGCAGGGCGACGUGUCAGAGACAAUCAGAGUCUUCUUUGAGCAGAGCAGAACUUUCCCCCCAGCUGCCAAGAGCCUUCUUACCAUCCAGGAGGUGGACAAAUUCCUCCUUGAGCUCUCCAAGCUCACCAAAGAGGAUGAGCAGCAACAGGCCCUGCAGGACAUCGCCUCCAGGUGUACAGCCAAUGACCUUAAGUGCAUCAUCAGAUUGAUCAAACACGAUCUGAAGAUGAACUCGGGUGCAAAACACGUGUUAGAUGCCCUUGACCCCAAUGCCUAUGAAGCCUUCAAAGCCUCACGCAACCUGCAGGAUGUGGUCGAGCGGGUCCUCCGCAACGAGCAGGAGGUGGAGAAGGAGCCAGGCCAGAGACGAGCUCUGAGUGUCCAGGCUUCUUUGAUGACGCCAGUGCAGCCCAUGCUGGCCGAGGCCUGCAAGUCCAUCGAGCAUGCGAUGAAGAAGUGUCCUAACGGCAUGUUUUCCGAGAUCAAGUACGAUGGGGAACGAGUCCAGGUGCAUAAGAACGGAGAUCACUUCAGCUACUUCAGCCGCAGCCUUAAGCCUGUGCUGCCUCACAAGGUGGCCCACUUUAAGGACUACAUCCCCCAGGCUUUCCCUGGGGGCCACAGCAUGAUCUUGGACUCCGAGGUGCUCCUGAUCGACACGAAGACAGGCAAACCGCUGCCCUUUGGGACUCUUGGAGUGCACAAGAAAGCUGCCUUCCAGGAUGCUAAUGUCUGCCUUUUUGUUUUUGAUUGUAUCUACUUCAAUGAUGUCAGUUUGAUGGAUAGGCCUCUCUCUGAGCGCCGGAAGUUUCUUCACGACAACAUGGUGGAAAUUCCCAACCGGAUCAUGUUCUCAGAAAUGAAGCAAGUCACUAAAGCUUCAGACUUGGUCGACAUGAUAAACCGGGUCAUCCGAGAGGGGCUGGAAGGGCUGGUGCUGAAGGACGUGAAGGGUACCUAUGAGCCUGGAAAGCGGCACUGGCUGAAAGUGAAGAAAGACUAUUUGAAUGAGGGGGCCAUGGCUGAUAUGGCGGACCUGGUGGUCCUUGGGGCCUUCUAUGGGCAAGGGAGCAAAGGUGGCAUGAUGUCCAUCUUCCUCAUGGGCUGCUAUGACCCAAGUAGCCAGAAGUGGUGCACGGUCACCAAGUGUUCAGGAGGCCAUGAUGAUGCGACCCUUGCCCGCCUGCAGAAGGAACUGGACAUGGUAAAGAUCAGCAAGGAUCCCAGCAAAAUACCCAACUGGCUGAAAAUCAACAAGAUCUACUAUCCUGACUUCAUAGUCCCAGACCCAAAGAAAGCUGCUGUGUGGGAAAUCACGGGGGCUGAGUUCUCCAGGUCUGAGGCUCACACGGCCGAUGGGAUCUCCAUCCGAUUCCCUCGUUGUACCCGGAUCCGUGACGAUAAGGACUGGAAAUCUGCCACUAACCUUCCCCAGCUCAAGGAACUGUACCAGCUGUCCAAGGAGAAGGCGGAUUUCACUGUGGCCGCUGGAGAGGAGGGAAGCUCCACCACAGGGGGCAGCAGCAGCGGAGAGAACGGGGGUGUCUCAGGGCCUGCUGGGGCUCGCAAGGCCAAGAAGGUGGGAGGGAGGCCGAGUAGCCCCAAUGACAGAGGCGGCCACAAGUUGAUAGCCAAACCUUCCCCUGUGAAAGUGGGGCAGAAGCGGAAGGCUCCCGAUGAGGCUUCAUGCCCAGCAAAGGUGCUGCUGGACAUCUUCACUGGCGUGCGGCUCUACCUGCCACCCUCCACGCCAGACUUCAGCCGUCUCAGACGCUACUUUGUGGCAUUCGAUGGGGACCUGGUGCAGGAAUUUGACAUGGCAUCAGCCACACAUGUGCUGGGUAGCGGGGACAAGAACCCUGAGGCUCAGCAGGUCUCCCCGGAGUGGAUUUGGGCGUGUAUCCGGAAACGAAGGCUGGUAGCUCCCUGCUAGGACUGCAGCCCUCCCUGGCUGUCGGCCACACACUUCCCUACCACACUGCAGGGCUGCGCUCUGGCUGGGGCAGGCUGGGGCAGGCAGGCACCGAUGGCAAGGACAAGGUGGGAUGGCCUUUCUUCAAACAGUGCAUCUUCCAGAACCCACCAGCCGUGCUUGGUCUCUUCCCGACCAGGACUUAGGUGCUGUGGGUGCCACCAGUGAAGUCCGUUUCUCCUGCUGGUUUACAUAGAUCUUUCAGAUCUGGGUGCUGGUUUGGUUGUCUUUUUGUUUUCUUUUAAAAGAAGCUUUUUUUUUUUUUUUCCUCCCCUAUAAAUAUCUUGCAGUUACCCUGCCCUUGCUCCCUCCCCCCCUGUAAUUCUCCUAGCUGGAAAGGCCGGAGUGAAGCUGGGCUGUUGAAGCUUCAUCCACAGAGCCACCUACCUGCCUAUUUCUUUGCAGGCUCCUUUUAAAGUUGUACUUAAAAGACCGCCCUCAGAAACGCUUCUGUUUGGCAGAACUUGUAUUCAGCUUGGCCCUUUUUUGCCAGGAAUGAAGCCUCAUUUGAAAGAAAACAAAAUGAAUUUUAGAAAUUAA